UACUUCAGCAAACUUCAAACAUUGAAAGUAGAGAAUUGUGUAAAAUUAAGAAACUUGAUGUCUCCAUCAAUGUCCAGAUGUCUUCUGAAUCUCCGGACACUAGAUAUAGAAAAUUGUGAGUCAAUGGAAGAAGUGAUCACAGAAGAGGAACACCAAGGAGAAGAAAUGACUAAUGAGCCCUUAUUUCCGCUGUUGCAAACGCUGAAUCUUCAAAGGCUGCCUAAGCUGGGGCAUUUCUUUCUGACUAAGAAUGCUCUUAAAUUUCCAUUCCUCAUACAAGUGAUCAUUAUUCGUUGCCCUGAAAUGAAGACGUUUGUCCAACAGGGAGUAUAUAUGGGUACAGCGAGUCUCAAAAGUGUGAACAAUGAUGAUGAGGUGAAAGUAGUUGAUCUCAAUAACGCAAUGUUCAAUUCUAAGGUUUCUUGUCCCAACCUGAAAACUAUAUGUAUUGCUGAGGCUAACAGCAUGAGUGCUCUAUGCUCUCACCAACUUCCAACUGACUACUUCACCAAUCUUCAAACAUUGUAUGUAUCUAAUUGUGGAAAAUUGAGAAACUUGAUGUCUCCAUCAGUGGCCAAAGGUCUUCUGAAUCUCCAAGUGUUACGGAUAAUAAAUUGUGAAUCAAUGGAAGAAGUGAUCACAAAAGGAGAAGGAAUCAUGACCUUAUUUCCCCGAUUGAUAGACCUGGGUCUUUACUAUCUGCCUAAGCUGAGGCAUUUCUUUCUGACAGAGCAUGCUCUUAAAUUUCCAUUUCUCAGAAACGUGAAGAUUGAUGAUUGCCCUAUAAUGAAGAUGUUUGUUCAACAGGGAGUAUCUGUGAGUACACCGCGUCUCAAAUGUGAUGAUGGGGUGAAAGUAGAUGAUCUCAAUAAAUGGACACAACAGAGGUUCAAUUCUCAGGAACAAUCUGAAGCUAGUGAUGACAACGAUGCCUGAAGCUACCAAAGGCGAUGAAUCUGAAGCUAGUGAUGACGAUGAAUCUAAAGCUACCAAUGGUGAUGAAUCUGAAGCUACCGAGUCUCGAAAGGGUGAACCAUGAUUUUGGUGUGAUAACAACAAAGCCAAACCUAGUGAUGUCAGAAGCCAGUGAUUCAGUCUAUGAAUCCAAAGCUGGCUAGGAAGGUAAUGAGUAUUCCAUGAAUUAGUCCAAGUUAGAUCGAACAUCACCUAAUACCUACACCGUUGUUUGUUGAUUUUUGCAAGAAGGGGGAAUCUUGAAGAAGCAGCGCGAGUAAAAUGCUCGCAAUGGAGGUUACAAGUAGAGGCGGAUCAAUAUUAUAAUCCAUGGAUUCACUUGAACCCAACAGUUUUUGCCAAAAGACUUUGUAUUUGUAUCAGUAAUUUUUUUAAUUAGAAACUCUUUGAUGGUGCGGAGGGUGUAAACUGUAAAGCAUCCCAAAUUAGAAAUUCUUUAAUUAAAAAUUGUUGCCUCAAAGCUCCAAGCAUCCCUAUGUCAGCUUGCACACACGUUGGUGGAUUCCACAGUCUAUCAAAUUGAAGUUUGUUUAUUGCCAGUGGUGUUAAAUUCUUAUUUGAAAUGCCUCUCAAGACAUGUGAGAUUCUAUCACUUCCUUCUAUUUGAGAGUUCUAUUUUACUAGAAUUUGUUGGCUUUUGUGGGUUUGAAUAAUUUGCGGAAGAUUCAUAAACACAAGUGCCAAUA